GCAGAGGGAGAGGAGAGAGAGAAGAAAAAAGGGAUGUGUGUGAGUGUGCGGUGAUCGGUGCUGCAGGUACAGUCACAGCCGGAGAUACAGCUUCAAGAGCCGCACCGGACCGCGGCAAGACCGCCUCGGAGCCUGCCUGCCUCUCUCUCUCCUCCUCAUUUCUUCCAGUAACAACCCUCCGCGAUGUCUGGCGGAGGAGAGGUUCGCGUCCUCCGCCAAGAGGGCGGCCAAGAGAGCCCGAGGAUGCCGGCCUGGAAGCGAGAAAUCCUGGAGAGGAGGAAGGCGAAAGGCGGCGGCGGGGCUGGGGGAACCGGUGCUCCGGAGGCUAGCCCCGGGGGAGCGGGCCCGCAGCGGGUAAACGGCGAACUAACGGGGAAUGUGAACGGAGGAGGUGGUGGCGCGACCGGGCGGAACUACACCAUCACCCCGGCCACCCAGCACUUCUCCCACAACAAAGAGCCACAAGCGACGGCCGCGGCGACACCGAGGGAGGAGGGCAGACACGAGAGCCUGGUGCUGCAGGAGAGCCUGGGGCCGCUGGAGGAGAACCCGUUCAUCAAGCUGGAGAAGGAGCGGAGGAGGCGGCAGGAGCAAGAAAACGCCACCCGCCCGGUCCAGCACAUCCUGGAGCUGUACGGCAGUGUCCCCGGCAUACGGACUAUCCGAGCGGAGAACAUCAUCAUCAUCGAGUCGGACCCGGAUUACUUUCCGGAAGGUGGAGGCGUGAAAAGCGAGUGCCAAUGGCAGCAGAACGGUGUGAGUAGUUACAGCUCUCUAAACGACCUUCUGGACCGCAGAGGGAGUGCUGUUACCGAGAUAAGAGCCAAGGAAGUCGUCAUUUAUGACACCACGUUAAGCAAGAGCGAGGAGAACCUGAGCACCCUGGGCCGUCCUGAUCAGGAGGUCCCCUAUAAUACAGGUGAGGGUCAAGGUAGGGUCAGCCGGAUCCUCCAGAAGUUUGACAGCAACUAUGGGAAGCUGCAGAAGAAGUCCCACAGCACAGAGAACCUCCUGGACCUGGAUUGUAGUGCCAGCAGUAGGCCAAGACUCUGGCCCAAGACGCAGCCAGAUCUGGUGCCAAAGCCCAGGCCGGGUCCACGGGUCAGCAGCCCGGGCAGUAGCCAGCCAUCUUCGCCUGUCUUCCAGGGCCCCUGGUCUUCCAAACCAAAGCCACAGCCUGCCGUCUCUGGGCCGGGAAGCCCCCAGCGUUCACAGCCCGUGUCUUCCUUCCGUCAGCGCUUUGAGGAGAGUGGAGUCCACCACAGCGCAGCCGUCACCCCCAGAGACGAGCCGGACAGGGGGACAAACAAGCCCACCAGGGAGAGAGACUGGGAGGCCGCUGAGGUGCCCCCCAAACCUAAGGUGCCAUGCUCUCCGGAGACCCGCCGUGCCCGUGCCGAGGCCCCCUUGAGCCCUGUCUCAUCCAAGGUGACCUGCUCCUCACAGGAGUUUGAAAUCCGUCCCGCUCCGAAGCCAGACCUCGCCCAGAUUCCUGAUGGCGACACCCAAGCACGGGCCCUCGCAAACCUUCGCCUCCAGUCCCGAAACUCCUUCACAGUGAUCCCCAAGCGCCAUUUGGCUGCCUCAUCUUCAAAAAGCAGCCCCAUGGUGACACCUGGCCCCAUCAAGUCCUCCCCCUCACACAGAGCAGCAGAGGUGCCCAAACCUGGAGUGCCAACCUCCCCCACCCUGUUAAAGAGGAAAGAGGAGGAGAAGGAGGUGGAGAGGCCAUCCAAACCUGAACCAUCUCCUCUCACUGUUGCCACAAGUCCUGCUCCUUCUCUCUCUGAACCUUUAUCUCCAUCCCCUGCUCCCACUUCUCCACCUGUCCUCUCUUCACCCCCCUCUUCUCCAGCUAUCCCAUCUUCACCUCCCUUCUCUCCCACCCAGUCAGUCUCUUCUCCAGUGCAACCUCCAGUGGAUCAGCUGCCAGUAACAAACAUUGACGACAUCGAGGUGGAGCCCCCACCCCAGCGUGUCCCUGUUCCGAGCCCCUUGGUGCAGAGGAGAAAGGGGAACACCUUCACUGUGGUGCCUAAACGUCGGGUGGAGUCUGACGCCCAGCUGAGCCCACCUGAGCCCCAGCAGGAAGCCCCGAGUGAAGCCCCUCCGGGGUCAACCCCUCCCCAGGCCCCCUACGCCCAGCUGGGUUCCCUGUUGAAGAAGCGCUACCCUGCUGUGGAGGAGAUUGAAGUCAUCGGCGGGUACCUCUCCCUUGCGAAGUCCUGCCUCUCCAAGACUGGCUCCACGGGCAAAAAGCUGAAGAUCUCCUUCAACGAGUCCAGCCUGCAGAGCACCUACGAGUAUCCAUCAGAAAGCAGCGUGUGGGACAGCGGGGAGGAGGAAGAGGAGGACAAACAAGAUGAGAAGUUGGCAGACGAACAGCCGAGCAUGGUGGGACGGAUCCACAUCCCUCGAGCCAGUUUGACCGGCUCGCCCUCCCACACCACCAACAGCAACGAUCUGUCCAGCUACAUUCCCAAGCACUCGGUAGACUUCAGCGCCUGGCAGGAGCACAAACACGAUGACGGCAUUAACCAGGAGGAUGCCGCCUCCCAGCAGACACAGAUAACUGAGGAGGUCAUGCUCACGCCGGCGGACAGCUCCUCCCUCACCGACUACAGCAGCGAGCCCGCUCUUUACUUCUGAUCUGCCUGACCAAUCAGCUGUACAGUAGCAUCGCAGCAUCUCACCUGUGGGACCAGACUGCCUCCACCUCGACACUCCAGCCGACUAUAAGCACAUCUUCCUGACCAGACAGGAAACAUGGGUGUUUUAUUUUUGUUUUUCUGGCUGAUUUCCUGCCACGGCACCGCCACACGCCACAUUUCCAGCUGCGCAUUGGAGCUGCCGGGUGGCUGGCGUGGUGUUCAAUGCCCACCUUCUUUCUGAAGCUGAAGCAACAAAUCCUAAAAAGAAAAGAAGAAGGAAAAAAAAAAAAAGCAGCUGGGCUGUCUUUCCCAACCCGUGAUCUAACAGACAGUUGAUCUGUCAGCGUCCAGAAUCUUCCUCCUUGCCACGCUGUAGAAGUUUUUGCUGCUUUCGAGGUUCAAAUUUAGCUUCAGGUUUUAUUUUAUUUUAUUCUUUUUGGAGGAUGUCGACGAGGGAAGGAGCCGACAGAGUUCAGUGUUAUCGUGGAAGCGUGUCAUUACAGCAGAUUGGCGGCAGAUAAACAUAAAAAUGGUGAAAGGGUGCCACAAUUGCAUUUCUUUGUUCUCUUUCUUUUUCUUUUUUUAUCCGCAUGUUUUGAUUUGAACCCAGCACUUCUGUUGGUUCUGUCUUACUGUAAAGCUUCUCUAUGCCUUUUUUUUUUUGUUAGGUUUUGUGUAUUUUCUGGCAGACUAUGCUGUACUGAUUGAAGCUGCUGGAUUUUUUUUUUUUUGGCAAGCAAACUUCAACACGCUUCACUUCUUCAUGUGACGAGGGAGGAAACAUAUGCACCCCACCCCCCGGGAUCAGUAGCACCUCUCAUUUCUUAUUAAAUGCUUGAUAAAGUGACCUUGGCCAACAAUGUCUGUAUGUCCGUAUUGCUGAAAUCACGUGUCCGUAUAUCUGCUCUGGAAAGCUGGUAGACCUCCCGAUGCCUUUCCUCAGCUCUUUGUGUAUUUAUUCCUGCUUAACGUUGAAGUUUGCAUGUCUGAAAUCUGCUUUCUUUUUUUUUGAGGGGGGGUCGUUUUGUUUGUUUUCGGUUUUUUGUACAGAUGUUUGCUGGUGAGGGCUCCGAAAGAUCCCCGCCAGACCAGUCGGACCUCAUCUACUUUCACAUUCCACAGGGAAAGAAGGCGGUCCACUUUGAAGGCAACAGUGAUUGUGAUUGAUCAUUAAAAGAAAAAAAAAGGCAUUUUGUGAGAAAGAAUGAAAGUUUGUGUGUGUGUGUCUUUUUUUUUUUUAUUAUUCAUAUUUUUUAUAUGCUCAUAAUGCCAACUGAUUAAAGAGUUCCUCUAAAGGCCUCGCAUCCACUCUAAGGCCAGUAUUGUUGUACUGUCUCCACUGGGAUUCAUCUCUUCUGCUCAUUAUUUCAUGUAUUUUUUACAUUUUAUUUCUCCAAUCAGAUGCAAUUUGGUUUUUUUGCCGUCAGGAGCUUUGUCUUUCUCUCUGAUGGAUUUACAACUUAUAUGUUUCGUCCGGGAGUCUUGGUUGAUAGAUGUCUUUGCACUGUCAUGCUUUUAGCUUUGUUUUGCACCUCAUGAGGAAGUAAGAGUGGGCUGUAGAGGAAAUGUGCACUUAAAAGAACGAGAAGCCUACAGACUGGUGACAAAUUAGAGGAGAAGGUUAAAAGCGUCUCAGUGACGUGCCUCCAAAACACGAUGAUGUCAUCUAACACGUUUGAGACUGUAGCACUUGAUUCUUAAUGAUGUCAUCCUCAUAAAUCCAUUCAGUGACAUCCCACCUGUUUCCUUUCAAGGUCGGGGAAGGGCAUUAUCAUCCUGUAAGAGACCACUUCCAUCAACCAUGCCAGCAAAAUUGCCCCCUGAGGGCAUAUAUGGGGUUAAAGGGUUCAGUCUUUUCCUUUAAUUUGUCACCAACCUAAAUUUGGUUGAAGAGUUACAUUUCAAAGAAAAGCCUGACUUAAGUCUAAGUCAGGGUUUUGAUUGGGGUGGACUGAUAUAUCAGUUUAGAUUGCACUGACUGAUAUUUAGAUAUUCUGAAAGAUAAAAGGUGGGGUUAAUCUGUGCAUUUCUAAUUUCAAUCCCAUGUCUCAGUCGGCAUGAAUGAAUUAAAAUUUGAAAUGAAACUCUUCAGCCACACACGAUUGAAUGCAUCGCAAUGAAUGCCAUGACCACUUUGUUUUCUUUUGCCACUCAAGUCUUACGAUUGUUUGGCCUUGUCACUGUGACCAAAAACAGCAGCCCGAAGUGCAGUUUCGCCACACAGGUCCACAGGGACUUCAUCUUUGUCCACCUGCAAAAUCUCUCCAACCCCCUGCUGGUGUACACCGAUUUGAACUUUGGAUGUUUACUUCAUGUGCUCAAUGUGACUGCUCAGCAAUGCUUCUGUUUCAGAAGACUGAAUGUAAUUUUUUUUUCAAUAAAUUUUCUGUGGUAUGAUUAUCAGCUUACCAGAAAACAUCACAUUGAACAGUGAACCCUGUUAUUGUUUCUCCAAACUUUAGCAUGGCUGGAUUUGACCUUCAAUACAUUUCUCUGAAAAGGUCUCAAACUGGCAAAAAGUUAGUAAUAAUGAACACAUUUCCAUCUAUUGCAGUAUACAUUUUACUUGGUCUGGUUCAAAAUAGCUGGACUUUCUUUGUGUUAUGUGGCUUGACAAAGCCUCAAUUCCCAGUCAAGGGAAUUCUUUCACAACAGCAGUUAUCAGCUUCCUUUAUUAGUCCAAGCUUUCUGCUUCAGCCUGUGUGUGCACUCAGGUACAAGGAGGCAUUGGACACACUUUGGCUUUCAUUCUGCACAAAAUCAAUCAAUUGAGCAUAUCCUACUGAUAUUUUAGAUAUGAAAAGAGAGAAACCUUACAAAAAGACCCAGAAGUCUUUCCUGGUGCUGCUUAGUCAAGAAAGCCUUUCUGCAAAAAAUCAUUUAAACAUUAAAGGGUACUCGGCCUGAUGAAGUAAUAGAAGAGGAAAUCAGUCUUUUCCAUCACCAACCAAAUCUGUGCAAAUUCCUGCUAGAAGAAAAUGCACAGUUUGUGCUGCUGUAACUUGAAAGCAGGGCUUCAUUCAGUGGUAGUGGUAAUAUGGCGCUCACAAGAUUGAAGGUAUAAAAUAUAUGAACUUGGAAUACAGAUCACCUUUAAAUUUAGUUUACCAGAUAUAGUUUAAGCCUAGUUCAAGACCAAAAAGACAAAUUUAGCCCAUUGAACCUCCAUGCCAGGGAAAUCAAGCCUAAAAGUGAAUCAGUAAAUUCUGAAACCAAAACCCGUGAGGUUGGCUGCUCUGGAUUGGGUUAUGUGUCUGGCUUUUGUUACUAAAAGAAAGCCACCUCUGAAAACACUAAAAACUACGCUGGAUUAUACCUUGCUAACCCAAUAAUCUCUCCAAUAUCUUCCAAUCCUACAAUACACUCAACAAUACCCUGUCACUUGUAGCUGUGCAAACACAAUCUGCAGAAACUCGACUACGGUGCGUCUCGUGAUCAAAGACACAACAGAUAAUCAAGGACCACCUCAGAAAAAGCGAGGACCACUGAUUGAAACUUGUUGUUCACUGUGGUGUUUACAGAGUGCUCUAUCAUAUCAUGAGAGGAAAUGAAUGAAAACUGCUUGAAACACAAAAAUCUUGGGUAUGUAAACGAAAACACCAAAAAAUGUUAAGUAUGCUUGAUUUGUAGUCAUGGAUAUAAAUCCUCCAAACACACUGAUUAAAGGAGACCCAUAAUGCUCAUUUCCAUAUUCUUAUUCGUGGACCCUACCAGAAUAGCUGUGCAUGAUAGAGAGGUUAAAGUAAUUCUUAGUCUGAAAUAAGCUGAUUUAACUGCAGCUUACUUCUGAUUGGCUGCCCCUCACAAGCAACCACAGGUGGGAGGGGCCUCUGUGCUUGAGAUGACCAUAUUAGUGAUAUCCAUGCUUUCUGAUAUCAAAUAGAACCAAGAGUAGAAAAAACUGCCAGAAACUGAAUGUUUUAAACAUAAACUUUUGUCUCUCAGAGUUUAUGACCAUAAAAGCAUUGCGGGUCCCCUUUAACUGAGCCCUGCUUGGACCUCCUUUGGAAUUGUGGCUAAUGGUCACAUGACAUACCUGUGGAUCCAUCAACCUGUGGUAACUGCUGCCUCUGUUGACCAAAACCCACUCUGCGGUACUCUUUUUGCUCUCUCUGUGAACUGAAGGACCAAACUGUGGGCAAACUUCACUGAUCUCGUCUUAAAUGGCACCAGCAAGAACUUUUCUGAUGGCCAGAGACGCAGCACUCAACUUUAGCGCUUCUGAAGUGUACACACCGACUCUUGCCGCAGUGUCCCAACCCCGUCUUUGUCUAUGCCCGAUGCAAAAUGAGCAGUUUGUGUUGGUCACUCUGUAGCAACACUGUGGUAGAAAGCUUGCUCAUCUUUUACUUUCCACCCUCCUCUCGUCUGUAAAUCUACAUCGCAGCAGAUGUGCUUACUGUAAAGUUAUUGUCAAUGAUUUGGGCAAGUGAAAAAAAAAAGUGAUGUCAUACUUGUACAAAUGAAAGCUCAAUAAAUAGAAGACUUGAAGAAA